UUCGCUGCUGCUACGGCUGUUGCCAUGCGGCGAGGCUAGGGAGGAGCUCACUUCCCCGGUGUGUAAUAAUGUUAACAGAGGAAGCUGGCUGGGAGUUACGGUUACGAACAUGACCCUGCAUCAUGAAGUUGGAGUACAUGAUAAAUGAAAGAAUAAGCAACCUUUGAGAGUGAGGCAGGAGAAGCAGCUUUUACUUAAAGCAAACAGUGAAAUCGUUGAUGAUAUAGAUCCGUUUAUUUUUACCCUGGAGCAGAGUAAACCUAGAGGGAGGUUUGGGGAAGAAGGGGUUUGGAUUGGUUGCAUAAGAUCCAUGGAGAGGCCCAGAGUUUCAUGCUGCUGUUCCACAGGCUCCUAGAUAUAUUCCUAUAUGAUACAAUUCUUUAAAAAUUCAGAGCUGCAGAUACAGAGCACCAGUUAAUGAGAGGAAGUUUGGAUAUCAUCUGUUCCCAACACGUUUACAGAUGAAGAAAUUGAGGCUCAGAGAGACCAGUCUGUCCAUAUGGGGAUGGGGAAGCCUUGGCAUUGUCCUUUCUCUAAUAACGUUUGGACCCUUUGUAAUAUUUUAUUUGGCAUUUUAUAUCCUCUGCUUUGUGGGUGGGGGUUUUGUGGUUACUCUCCUCUUUGGAAAAACAAACUCAGAGAAGUACCUAGAGCAGUGUGAACACUCAUUUCUUCCUCCAACAUCAACCGGGAUUCCUAAGUGCUUAGAAGAAAUGAAACGGGAAGCCAGGACUAUAAAGAUCGAUAGAAGAUUGACAGGUGCCAAUAUAAUUGAUGAACCUCUCCAGCAAGUUAUCCAAUUUUCCUUGAGGGAUUAUGUCCAGUAUUGGUAUUAUACACUAAGUGAUGAUGAAUCUUUUCUUCUUGAAAUUAGGCAGACUCUUCAGAAUGCACUCAUUCAGUUUGCUACUAGGUCAAAAGAAAUAGACUGGCAACCUUACUUUACUACACGCAUUGUAGAUGAUUUUGGCACACACCUACGAGUAUUUAGAAAGGCUCAACAGAAGAUAACAGAGAAAGAUGAUCAAGUAAAAGGUACAGCAGAAGAUCUUGUAGAUACCUUCUUUGAAGUUGAAGUUGAAAUGGAGAAGGACGUUUGCCGUGACCUAGUGUGCACAUCUCCCAAAGAUGAAGAAGGAUUCCUAAGGGAUUUGUGUGAGGUCUUAUUAUAUUUAUUGCUACCUCCUGGAGAUUUCCAGAACAAGAUCAUGCGAUACUUUGUCAGGGAAAUCCUUGCACGAGGAAUUCUUCUUCCAUUAAUAAAUCAACUCAGUGAUCCUGAUUAUAUUAAUCAAUAUAUCAUAUGGAUGAUCCGUGAUUCUAACUGCAACUAUGAGGCCUUUAUGAACAUUAUUAAAUUGAGUGACAAUAUUGGAGAGCUAGAAGCAGUCCGAGAUAAAGCAGCAGAAGAAUUACAAUAUCUUCGAUCUCUAGAUACAGCUGGUGAUGAUAUCAACACCAUCAAAAAUCAAAUAAAUAGCUUAUUAUUUGUAAAGAAAGUAUGUGACUCAAGAAUACAACGGUUGCAGUCAGGCAAGGAAAUAAAUACUGUGAAACUGGCAGCAAACUUUGGGAAACUUUGCACAGUCCCCCUGGACAGCAUUCUUGUAGACAAUGUUGCACUACAAUUUUUUAUGGAUUACAUGCAGCAAACUGGAGGUCAGGCACAUCUCUUCUUCUGGAUGACAGUGGAAGGAUACCGGGUUACAGCCCAACAACAGCUAGAAGUUUUAUCAAGUCGUCAGAAAGAUGGAAAACAUCAAACCAACCAAACCAAAGGUCUUUUAAGAGCAGCUGCUGUUGGAAUUUAUGAACAGUAUUUAUCAGAAAAGGCAUCUCCAAGAGUUACUGUUGAUGAUUAUUUGGUAGCAAAAUUAGCAGAUACUUUGAAUCAUGAAGAUCCAACUCCUGAAAUCUUUGAUGACAUUCAGAGGAAGGUAUAUGAAUUGAUGCUACGAGAUGAAAGAUUUUAUCCUUCCUUCAGACAGAAUGCACUUUAUGUGCGCAUGUUAGCUGAGCUGGAUAUGUUAAAAGAUCCUAGUUUCAGAGGAUCAGAUGAUGGUGAUGGAGAAUCUUUUAAUGGGUCUCCUACAGGAAGCAUAAAUUUGUCUUUAGAUGACCUUUCAAAUGUAUCUUCUGAUGACUCAGUACAACUUCAUGCUUACAUUUCAGACACUGUAUAUGCUGACUAUGACCCAUAUGCUGUGGCAGGCGUUUGUAAUGAUCAUGGCAAGACAUACGCAUUAUAUGCCAUCACUGUACACCGGCGCAGUCUAAACAGUGAGGAGAUGUGGAAAACCUACCGUCGUUAUAGUGACUUCCACGACUUCCACAUGAGGAUCACCGAACAGUUUGAAAAUCUGUCAAGCAUAUUAAAGCUUCCCGGUAAAAAGACUUUUAAUAAUAUGGAUAGAGAUUUUUUAGAAAAGAGAAAAAAGGAUCUAAAUGCAUAUUUGCAGUUACUGUUAACUCCUGAAAUGAUGAAAGCAUCCCCAGCUUUGGCUCACUAUGUGUAUGAUUUCCUUGAGAACAAAGCCUACAGUAAAGGGAAAGGGGAUUUUGCUCGUAAGAUGGACACUUUUGUAAAUCCGCUUCGAAAUUCUAUGAGGAAUGUUUCAAAUGCAGUUAAAUCCCUUCCUGAUAGCUUCGCAGAGGGAAUGACUAAAAUGUCAGACAACAUGGGCAAAAUGUCAGAAAGAUUAGGUCAAGACAUAAGGCAAUCAUUUUUCAAGGUUCCUCCUUUAAUUCCAAAGACUGAUUCAGAUCCUGAACAUUGUCGAGUUUCAGCUCAACUUGAUGAUACUGUGGAUGACAAUAUUCCACUUAGGGUAAUGCUGCUUCUCAUGGAUGAAGUAUUCGACUUAAAAGAGAGAAAUCAGUGGUUGCGAAGGAAUAUCAAAAACCUACUUCAACAGCUUAUUAGAGCCACAUAUGGUGAUACUAUUAAUAGAAAAAUAGUUGACCAUGUUGACUGGAUGACCUCACCUGAGCAAGUAGCCGACUUAGUGAAACGUUUCAGAGAUGCCUUUUGGCCAAAUGGCAUUUUAGCAGAGACUGUUCCAUGCAGAGAUAAAGCUAUUCGAAUGAGAACAAGAGUUGCAGGAAAAACUAAAUUACUUUCAAUUAUGCCAGAUGAACUGAAGCACAUUAUUGGGGCUGAGACAACACGGAAAGGUAUUCUUCGUGUUUUUGAAAUGUUUCAGCACAACCAGUUAAAUAGGAGGAUGGUUUAUGUGUUUUUGGAAGGCUUUUUGGAAAGCUUAUUUCCACAGUAUAAAUUCCGUGAACUUUUCAACAGACUGCAUUCACGGUCAAAGCAGAUGCAGAAAUAUAAACAGAAACUUCAAACUACUCAAGCGCCUUCUUUACAGAAAAGGUGACACUCCAAUCUAUGAAGCUGGUGUUCGUUUUGCCCAGGACUGAUGGUAUGGACGGAUCUUCUGGGGCUUAACUCAUAUACUGUUGUGUCUGCACCAGUCUUUUAGUGUCUCAAAAUAGAUUAUUAAUACAUCCAUAAGACUGUGGUUCUUCUCAUCCUUGUCUAUAAUCCAGCCACUACCAAGAGAGAUUUCUGUGUCUUAAAUGAUUUGGUGCAUAUUUUUGCAACACUGAGAGGAUACUGCCCCCACCUCAAGCAAGAAUGACGUUGGUCUCUUCCGUUUCAAACUAAUCAGCAUUCUCCAGCAAUGACAAAGUGCCAGAGUGUAUAUAUGAGAGCUAAGGAAAGCACAAAACAAGAGUUCACAGACAAAUUGGCUGAUUUGUUUAACAGUGGGAAACUGUGCAAUGUACUGUUUGGAGGGAUUUGUUUUGCAUAAUGAUUUUAUAGGUCUUUUUCAGAAUUUUAAUAUAGUGUAGAUAGCCAGGUGAGUGAUCUUUGGAACAUCUGUUUCAGGUCUAGGGAAAGUGACAGAAUGCCCUUAAAGUAUGAAGUAACAUUAUAUACAAAUUACAGUUUUGUGACAUAAGGUAAAAACCUAGUAUAUAAAAUAAAACCAGUCAAAACAAAAAUUUCAUUGGAUUUGUUAUUCAUUGGUAGAAAACAGAUUUUAAUGGAUUCUUAUGUGUCUUAAGGGCUCUAUUUUGCUCUUAUGGUACUCAGUCAUAAGCUUUAUUUUGGCAUUCUGUGUGUAAAAAGAAGCAUAUGAUGGCUCUUAUUUAAGUUACAAAAUUAUUACAGUUUUCUUUAUCUUUAAGAGAUUACUGAUUAUAUAAUAGGGGCUAUAAUUUGUUGAAAGAACUGCCAAAUACUUCUAAAAAUGUGGAAAUUUAAAAAACAAUACUCUAUUGAAGUUACUAUAUGAUGAUUUUAAAUUGUGUGAUCUAGACAUACGUUAGGUGAUUGCAAAAAUAGCAAAUCAAAGGAUUAAAUGAGUUUAUUAGUCAUAUGUAAACAUACAAAUUCUUAACUCUAUUAUAGUGUACAUAUAUGAAAAUAAAUAAACAGAACUAUAAUAUUUUUUAAAAUAGGCUUUAUUUAUAUUUUGCAUAAUGUAAAAUUCUACUAAAUAAAGCAAGUUGGCAAAACCCCUCGGUGUAUACAUUUAAGUCCCUAAAAUAAUUUUAUACCAACAACAACAAAAUACCUUUUCCAGUUUUGGAGCCUCUGCAUUUCCUAUAGUUUUCUCAUUCUCCAUUUGUCAAUCUUGGAAGUCUUCAUAUGUUUUGUAUGCAGGAUUUCUGCAUAGUUUUAAAAUACUUCCACCGACUAAGGGUUUGGGUGUGUCAGCAUUUUUUGUUUUAAAAAUAUUUAACACUAAAACCUUAAAAUAGUGAAGCUAUUUAUCAGACCACUGAGCCAAGAUGCUGGUAUUAAAAGAACGUCCGGGUGCUUAAGAUAAAGGGACAGAGUAUUGGUAUCCCAGUUGUUUGGGAGCUUUAAGAUUGGAACAAGAUGUUAUUGUCUUGUUCUCACUGAGAUCCUACUUACAAAGUGAAGCCGAAUAGAAUAAAGCCUUCCUUUAAAGCUUUAUAAUAAUAAUCAUAUUUAUUAAUAAUGCUGUUGUGCAUACUUAUAGUAUGCAUAUUUUCAGCCUGUGUUGCAUGUCUUCAGAAUUAUGUAAAUGAAAUCCCUUUCAUUUAAACUUCCAAAUGAGAAAAGAUCCUUAUUGACUCUGGUGGAAGAUAUAAUAUUUUUUCUUCUCAGUGUGUCUUCCUGCCCUGGUCUCUCCUCAUGCCCCAGGCUUUGGAAGAAAAGAUAUGUGAAACAUGUCUGUAGGAAGCAUCAGCAUGGCCAUAAGUGCAAUGAUUUUCAGAUAUACCCCUGCCCAUUUCAAGUAUAUUUUUGACAUAAAUAAAGCUAAGAGUAAGAGCCUAGUGUGUACAUGUGAAAAAGCAUUUCUAGAUAAUGUGAGGAACGCUGGCCAUCAACCAGGGAAAGAAAGGUCAUGCAGGAUUGUGAAUUUUCAUGGAGCCCUGCAAGAGAACUGCAGUUAUACCAAAAACUGUUUGAGUAAAUGGGUUUUUAAAAUAAUUUUUGUUUAAAAGAGUUUAUAUUUCAAAAGCAGAAAUGUCAAAUGGUAGUCUGUAAAUGGUUAUGCAUCUUCUCCUUGCACAUCUAUGUUUUACAUCAGAGAGAGCCGUGGUCAUGCUAAAAUUAGAGAUACUUUUUGAAUGACUUGGUCGAGCUGUGUGUAAAAUAUUUAACCCAUAAGUCAAGUACAGUGUACUAUGUUUAAUAAAGUUAUUACAUUUAAUGCAUUUACUGCAUAUAUGAAUAUAUACAUGAAGAGGCUUUAUGUCUUCUGAUAUUUGAUUUUUGAAUGUGUUUUUAAGUCAGUGGUGCCUUUAGGCAAGAACCUUCUAAAUUAAUCAUUCUUUGUUUGGGUUUUCUGACUUUUCAGGUAACAUAAACUUUAGAAACCAUCACUACUAACCUGUAGUUAAUUCACCUAAAAAAUUGAUUGUAUGAUUUACAUAUAAGGUUUAGAUGGGCAUUUCCUAUGAUUAGGGUUUUCUGAUAGUUGCUGAAAACAAUUGUGCCAUUGACUAAUGGAUGCACUUGGUUAGCCUUAAUUUUUUUUUUUUAAUUUAAAACCUUGAAUAUUUCAGUUCCUUCAUUUUAAGUUUGUGCUUUGGUGUUUGGAAAAAAAUCAAACAGUUAAGUGCUACCAGGAAAGUGUACCCAUUUUUAAAAAAUUAAGAACAAUAUAAAAUUUCACAAUCUAAAAUUUUAAUUUGUGCAAUAUUUUCAUUUAAUGCAUGUGUAUUUGAGUAAUUGUAAAAUAAAUGAAUUUUUAAUGUUUUGAGAUCGAUCUAGUUUAAGCUGUCUUCUUAACCCAACAACUUACAUUCCGUUGUUGCUGCAUCCUUUUAUUUAAGGACUUGUUUUAAAAGUCUUUUUGUCACUCCUUGUUAAAUUCUUUUGUUAGUAAAUUUUGCUUAUAGGAGCAUGGCUCCUGUAUUACAAGGGAAAAAUAUAAAGAGCACAUUUUAGGAUUAUAAGUGUUAAAAGAUAACUUGUGCAUAUCAUUCAUUGUACAGUAAGUGUCAACUGUGUGCCUAACUAUUCUAUCAAUACUUCUUUAACAAAGAAGAAACAACAGUCAGAAUGUCAGUUAUUUUUAUUGAACUAAA